UAGCGAGGUCUUCUGCUAACAUCACCGCCGUUUCAGUCUCGCCGCCGUCGCCGUUGCUGCAGCUCACCACGAUCGCCUUCAUGAAUCGUAUUUCUAAGCUGGUGUACGACACUGUAAUCGUCAAUUUAUCCAAAACCUCGCGAGGUUUUUCAGUGGUACCGAACGGCAAUGUAGAUACGAGCGUGAGAUAUCAAUUAAGAGUACAGUAUUUGUGCAGAAGGAAUCUAGUGAAUGUGCAAUCUCGGAAGUUUUCGUCAUCAAUAUACAACAAAGAUGAACGAACAAUAGAGCAAGAGGCUGAAAGAAAAAUAGGUUGGCUACUGAAGCUAAUAUUUGCUGGUACUGCAACUGUAAUUGGAUACAACUUAUUUCCUUACAUGGGAGAAAAUUUGAUGCAACAAUCAGUCGCCCUCUUACAUGUGAAAGACCCUUUGUUCAAAAGAAUGGGAGCAUCCAGAUUAGCACGCUUUGCUAUCGAUGAUAAAAGGAGAAUGAAAAUAGUUGAACUUGGAGGGGCUAAGGAGCUUUUAAAUGUGCUCACAGAAGCUAAAGAUGAUCGGACUCGAAAAGCAGCUUUGAAAGCUCUUGUUGCCAUCUCAAAGUCAGAUGGAGCUGCUGCUGCAUUACAUGAAGCCGGUGCUAUCCCUAUCAUCCAGUCCAUCCCAGAUUCUAUUGAGCAUAAAGAAAUCGAAACGUACAAGAAGGACUUGAUGAACAGAUUUCAGGAUUUGAGUUACGACAUCUCAUCCUGAGGCAUGAUGUUCGAUAUAAGUUGAGAAUCUCCAGCUCAAAGAAAUUGCAGUUUAUUAGAUUAUUUUGGCCACAUAUAGCCUGCAAUAAAUUGCAUUUUGGUAAGUUAUCGAUAUCUAACAAAUCCGUCACGUCACUGUCUAUUAAUCGAACAGGAAGUCGCCGAACCAUUAGCAAGGCACAUUUAUCCCUCCUAAAUUUCUUAUAUUGGGUUUAUAUUCGAUAACCGAAUUCUUAUAUUGCAAAAUGUUGUCCUUAUGAUCAUAUAUUUUUAUGAUUGGAUCUUAAAUGGUGGAAAGGACUAAUUUUAAU